AUGGCUCCAGCUGUGUCGAGCAACUCAGAACAUGAGAGGACGAUGCAACAACCAGAAACUCCUGAGACUCGGUCUGAAAAUGCGGAAAUUCAAUCACAAGAUGAUGGCGGGGACUACACGCCACGCAGAAACAUGAUCCCGAUCAUGAUUGCACUCUGCGUCGCGUCGUUCCUUGCUAUUCUUGACAUCUCCUUCGUCACAACAGCCUUGCCGACAAUUGCUCGGUACUUCAAGGCUUCUCAAAUCAGCUACUCAUGGGUUGGUUCGUCUUACCUCGUAACCCAGUCCGCUUUGGCUCCGCUUUGGGGCAAGGUGAGCGACAUUUUUGGACGCAAGCCAAUUGUGUUACUGGCAACUUUCGUCUUUUUCAUUGGAAGCUUGAUUUGUGCCGUGGCAAAUAGCAUUGCCAUGCUUAUUGCUGGGCGUGCCAUUCAAGGUGCUGGAGCCGGCGGCGUGCUGCUCAUCGUGACGAUUCUAAUAGGAGAUCUCGUCAGUCCAAGACAGCGCGGACUAUAUUUUGGCAUUCUCGGUGGGGUAUAUGCCAUCGCAAUAUCUUCCGGUCCUCUCAUCGGAGGAGCACUUGCUGAAAAUAUCGGCUGGAGAUGGUGCUUCUAUAUCAACCUACCGUUCCAGGGAAUCGCUUUUGCCCUCCUUGUCUUUUUCCUCCAGGUUCACGAUCCCCGUACCGAAAUUAUCAAAGGUUUAAUGGCUGUUGAUUGGCUGGGAUCGAUUGCUAUCACAGGUUCGGUCCUUAUGCUUCUCCUGGGCCUCCAGUAUGGCGGUGGGGUUUAUCCUUGGAGCUCUGCCAUUGUCGUGUGUUUGAUAAUUUUCGGCGUGUUGGUUUGUGGUAUCUUUGUUGGCAUCGAGUGGAAGCUGGCUCGUUAUCCGGUACUCCCUCUACGAGUGUUCACGACUCUCCCUAUUAUCGCCCUAUUCGUGGUGGAUCUCACGCACGGAUUCCUUUUGUACGGCACGGCCUAUUUUGUCCCAUUCUACUUCCAGGUAGUUCUUGGAGCAACACCAAUUAACUCAGCGGUCUGGUCCCUUCCUCUCGCCAUUCCCCUGGCUCUCUUCACCAUCGGGACAGGUCUUUAUAUGCGGAAGACGGGAAAGUACUUAUACAUGAUCAUUGCAGGCAUGGCUAUCUCCACUCUGGGCACCGGUCUGUUGAUCGAUUUCGGUGCAGAAAUCAAUUGGCCAAAGAUCAUCAUCUAUCAACUGAUUAUCGCGGUCGGCCUGGGUCCCAACUUUCAGGCACCGACCAUUGCCCUGCAAGCAAGGUUUCUACCCGCCGACGCGGGCGUCGCCGUCUCCGCGGCAAGUGCAAUCCGCGCACUCAGCGCCGCCUUCAGCAUCGUCCUUGGCGGCGUCAUUCUUGAGAAUCGACUCUCGGCACAAAGCGGUAGUAUCAUUGCUUCUGGAGUCAGCCCUGCGAUGGCGGAAGCAAUUGUACAGAAUGGCGCAGCUGGAUCUGUGGAACUCGUUUCACAGCUCACUCCGGCCCAGCAGAACAUUUUCAGGUUGGCUGUAAAGGACAGUCUUGCCGAUAUGUGGAUCUUCUUCGUCGUUCUUUCCGGAAUUGGACUCAUUGCAUCUUUCCUCAUUGGAAGCGAGGAACUUUCUGAUGAGCAUGUUGAACACAAGACGGGUUUGGGAGUGGAAGAGGCAAAUCGAUUGGUGCAUGAAAAGCCGCAGGUCACUGAGCCAGAAUUCGCUGAGAUGACUUGA